AUGUGGAUCUUACCCCUGCUGGGCUACGCCGGCGCCAUCCUCGGCUUCUGCUUCCUGACGCUGUCCAUCGCGUCCGGGCUCUACUACCUGUCGGAGCUGGUGGAGGAGCACACCGUCCUGGCGAAGCGCCUGCUCACGCGCUUGAUUCAGAUCAUCAUUGGCGUGCAGGUUGCGCUCUGGCUCCUCGACGGCUUUCCCUUCUGGGCGACGGUGUUGGGCAUCUUUUCGCAUGUGGUGUAUCUGGGCAACAUGCGCAAGUUUCCCUUUGUGCAGCUCACGGAUCCGCUGUUUCUGCUGUCUUGCGUCCUGGUCUUGUGCGAUCACUAUGUUUGGUUUCGACACUUUGCCGAUACUCAGGCGCGAGCUUAUACCCGAACCUCGUACUAUGACAAGGUGGACGUGCCGACCUUUACCAUGAUCGCGUCGUACUUCGGUCUGUGCGUCUGGCUGGUGCCCUUUGCGCUGUUUGUCAGCUUGUCCGCCGGCGACAAUGUGCUGCCUACCAUGGGCACCGAACCUGUUCGCGGCAUGGAGGGAAAGAGCCGGCCACAGGGCCUGGUCAAGGCCGUUGUGGACUGGGUUCGCGGCUUGAUUGGGGAUAUGGCUGGCACCGGGAUGGACCGGCCAUGA